AUGGGUUACCCUAAACCUGAACUCCUUCAAAAUAAUUCUAGCAUUCAUACUUCACACCAACCUAUUUUUGACUCUAGGCACGAAUAUUAUUACGAGUGCCUCGCCGAAUCUUUGCCUUCUCUGGUUUUUCGUUUUACGGUGUUUCCCAUUUCGUCUUCAUUUUUUAAAUCUGUUCCGGCACACUCUUGGUAUUUUAUAUUUAAUAUCGCCUAUAAUUACUUUUUUAAUUAAAACCAAUAACUUUUUUG